AUGGAGUCUAGAAUAGGACUUGAUUAUAUCGUUGAGAACCCAGAGUAUACAGCGAAACUAGCUACAGCUCUAGACACCAAUAAUGUUACUGUGAAAAAGCAAGUAUUGGAGUUGUUAUCUGCAUUAUGUGUUUAUAAUUUAGAAGGUCAUGCCAGAGCACUUGAUACCCUUCAACAUUACAAGGAACAAAAAAAUGAAAGGUACAGAUUACAAAUCGUUGUUCGUGAGUUGCAAUGGGCUUUAUCCAAAGGCCAAGAAACAGCGGAUUAUCAAACAGCAAUUGUGGCAUUUAUCAAUUGCCUCAUUAUAUCAACACCACAACUUCGAGAUAGGAUAAGAAUUAGGAACGAAUUUAUAGGUCUCAAGAUCCUUCCAAUACUUAAUGAAUUGAGGAAGGGAUCAAUAAACUAUGCGGAUCUUGGUGUACAAUUAGAUGUUUUUGAUGAACAACGAGAAAAUGACGAGUCGCAGAUCCUUGAUGUACCUUUUCGUGGAGUUGAUAUAAAUUCUCACGUGGAUGUAUUUUAUGCGAUUUUAAGACAGGUGGCCGACACGCCCCAAGAAAUACCCUUUCUGAGUGUGCUGCAACAUCUGCUGAGAAUCGACCCCCGCGAAGCGGUCAGCGACAUAAUCUGGGACACGGCCGAGACGUUGGUGCAUCGUUCGACGCUGCUGGAAAACCGGCAAGACGCGUCGCGCCUGUUACGGACACCCAGCGUCCUUGGCCAGAGCCAGCCCAGAGAUGUGGGACUGCGGGUAUGCUGUUGCGGACGUAAACCAUCGUUGGGCCCGUCGAACGUGAACUCACCCACGUCGAUCACUCCGACUGCGCUGCCUCCGCCGCCACCGCCGCCGCCGCCACCGCCACCACCGCUCCCGUUGAUGGGCGUACCGCCGCCGCCAGUACCACCAGCGCCUUUCUUCCCCCUGAACCAACAACCGGCCACUGUUGAGUCGACGCAGCACGCAGGAAAGCGGCUCGUGCUCAUGGGUAACAACGGGUCCACGAACACGGUGGAUGCACCUCCGCCGCCCCCGGUGGAAUCCGCUAUCGCCAAACUGUUACCUCAGCAAGAGACCCCUACGCCCAAAGCCAAAAUGAAGACCAUAAACUGGAACAAGAUUCCCGACAGCAAAGUUGUUGGACGUCAUAACAUCUGGUCGCUUGUUGCCAGAAGUCAUCAAAAUUCACCUAUGCCAGAUCUCGAUUGGUCGGAAAUGGAAGGUUUAUUUUGUCAACAAGCCCCUACAGCACCGAUUAGUCAAAGUGGAAUAUUGAACUUUAGAUUAGGCCAAGACACAAAUGAGUGUGAUAAAAAACGAAAAGAACCAACAGAGAUUGUUUUAUUGGAUGGAAAGCGAAGUUUAAAUGUUAAUAUAUUUUUGAAGCAAUUCCGAAGUUCAAAUGAAAAUAUAAUACAAUUAAUACGCGAUGGUGACCAUGAUGAUAUUGGUGCGGAAAAACUUCGUGGUUUAUUAAAAAUCUUACCUGAAUUAGACGAAUCAGAAAUGCUUAGAGCUUUUGACGGAGAUAAGGCCAAAUUGGGAAAUGCCGAGAAAUUUUUAUUACAAUUGAUCGACGUUCCAAAUUACAAGUUACGCAUCGAAAGUAUGUUAUUAAAGGAGGAAUUCGCAUCAAAUAUGAGUUACCUCGAACCGAGCAUUAAUUCAAUGAUUGUCGCUGGUGAAGAUUUAAUGACAAACAAACGAUUCCAAGAAGUUCUAUACAUGGUGAUUUGUGCUGGAAAUUUUUUGAAUUUCGGUGGCUAUGCGGGGAAAGCUGCAGGAGUAAAACUAAGUUCAUUACAAAAACUCACUGAUAUAAGAGCUAAUAAACCUGGUAUGAAUCUAAUACACUAUGUAGCGUUGCAAGCAGAGAAAAAUAGAAAAGAUUUACUGAAGUUUCCUGAGGAAAUGUCCGUGUUAGAAGAAGCUACCAAGACUACUGUGGAACAGUUACAAAAUGAAAUAAAUGCUUUAGAUUCAAGGUUUAAAGUUGUUCGGAAACAAAUCGAAUUACCAAAUACUGAACAAGAUAUUAAAAAUCAAAUGAUUGAAUUUUUAAAAGUAGCCGAAAGACAAGUUGGAGGCUUACAGAAUGAUAUAGCUGAAUUAGAAUCAAUGAGAAAAACGUUAGCCGAUUUUUUUUGUGAAGAUGUUAACACAUUCAAAUUGGAAGAAUGUUUCCGAAUCGUUCAUAAUUUCUGUAUGAAAUUUAAAUUAGCCGUUGCCGAAAACGAACGGAGAAAGGUGCAAGAAGAGCAAGCGUUAGUCAGACGAAGACAAAGAGAAGAACAAUUGGCUAUGAAGAAAAAAUUACUGACCAAUGAUCAACAUAUCAAUGGUGCUGACGUUGAAAGUAAUCUAGUUGAUUCGAUUUUAUAUGAUAUUCGUUCAGGAUUUCCCCAUAAAAAAAGUUUUGAUAAGGGUAAAAGACCACAUAAUGCAACAAUCGUAACUUCGGAAGAAGAUAAUAUAUCAGUACCGGGUUCACCAGCUGUCAUUAGACGCAGACUUGGCGUUGUUGAUAAUCCUAAUAAGGAAGAUAAUUUAUCUCCAGAUGUAACGCCCAAUGGAAGUUUGCGUCGUAGAAGAAGUAGAGUGCCUUCAGAAGAAGACGACGUGACGUUAAUGGAUUUCUUACGAACGUCUAAUCAGGACGCUACUCCUCCCGUAUCAAAUAUUCAAAGAAAAUCAUGGGGCAGUUUAGAUCGGUCUUGGGCAAGAAGAUUUAGAGGUAGCGGCAAAAAAAGACCGGAAUUAUUAAGUGCUGAUUUUAGCGCUGAUAGAGAACGAGCGAAUUCUCCAUCUCCUUUAGUGGAAACAAAGUCAAUCACAUCUACUACAGCUUCAACUCCAGAAGAAGAAUCUAAACCAAAAGCAUGGAGGCAAAAAAUUGAAGCAUGGCUGCAAGAAAACGAAAAAGAAGAAAAAGAUUCAAAUGAUUUACGACGCAAGACCCAGCGAAUACAAAGCAACCGAAAAUCGUUAGAAAACGACUCAGAAAGUGAUGGUCGUAGUAGUAUUUUAGAUACAUUACCAGAAGGAAAAUUGGCUGAUGUCAAUAAUGACGAAUAUAAAAGAGUAUAUUCUGACUGGAGACCGACUAUUGAUAAAACCGACGUUGUUGGCGUCAUGGAAGCAAUUGCUGCUCAACCUCAAAUUAAAGAUAAAUCGCAAUGGCGUAAGUCUAACUUAAAUGUACCCAAUACAUCAGAAGAAAUAGAUACAAACAUGAAGAGAUAUAAAAAACCUACUACUCUAUCUAAUUUCGACAGUCAUAGCACACCCUUACACGCUAUCAAAGAAGAAGACAGAAGAAAAGGUUUCAUCGAAAAAUUAGGGCAGAACGUGUCCAAUCAUGAUCGUCUAACAGUUUAUAUACGAGGGACAAAUCAGCCAGAAAUAAAACCAGAUUUAAGAAGCCCAUCUUCAUUAAAAAAGCAAUUACCCAGUCCAGAUUCGCCUGAUGAUAAAUUAUUACCUCCAUUUGCUCCUAGACGAAAAAUAUCGGAUAUCACAAAUCCAGGGGAUAUAACUGAUAAACACGAUAUUGAUUCAGAUAAUAUAGAGACACCACCAACAUCUCGAAGACUAAUUGUAAAACCCCAAUCAAUACCGACAAAAAUUCAAACGGUCGAAGAAGAAACACUAGGAGACGGUCAAUUUGAUAGGUUUUCAGCUGCCAGACGCACCAGAAGAUAUAGAAAAUCUGCAGAAGACGACGUAGGCCGGAAAUCAGAAGAGUACGAAUCACCGAAGGGCAACGAGGAAACUGAUGUCCGGUUGAAAAAAUGGAAAGAUAAGCUUAUGUACAAAACACCCGAAGAUGAUAGUAAUAAAGACUUUUCUAGGAAUCGACUAUAUUCGUCUAUGCCUAGAUCAACUAGAAACCAAAGUGUAGUAGACCAUGGAGAUAUCAUGAAAGCUGUAAAAAUCUAUGGUCAACUUACCCCUGAAAAAAAUAUCAUAGAACCAAAAACUCUAAAUCGAGUCACUAAGAUAAAUCUUCAUGAUAAUGAUGAGUCGUCAAUAAAUAUGAAAAGCGAAUUUAUUCCAGAGAUUAGAGUGCAAGCUCUAACGCCACCAAUAAAAACUAGAACCGAACACGACUUAAACGACGAAGGUUUUGAAGAAUCGGUAAGUUUGAUAUCAGCCGAGUCAUUAAGUCAAGAGACUUCAUCUGGUAAUUUUGAGACCGAAAAAUCUACUACAAAGGCAGUAACGAGGGCUGAUAGUAGUGGGAGUAACGAUACUAUUAGUAGCAGCGGACCCGUUGCGUCUACCCUCAGAAAAACGAAUUCGCUCAAAUCAUCCAUUAAACCCGUAGUAGUGAGAAAAACUGAACUACCUAAACGGACAAGCAGUUUCAGAAGUCCACAGACUAUACAGAAACCGACGGCAAAAGUGAUUGCGUCGAUCAAGCCUGCGACAGCGACAAAGUUGACGGCCGUCCAGAGACCGACCGUAACUAGAAACAUUAGCGCGCCAAAGCCAGUUGAGAGGUCUAGUUCCAAGAGUAGUUUGCGCAGCUCAAGAAGCUCGUUAAACAGCUCAAACUCGGUGAGCACGGUAAAGAAGAUUCCCGGUAUAGCGACCUACACACGAGCCAUUAACGAUUUGACGACCGAGUUGAAGGCAAAAAAACCGCUGAACGCUUUGCAACUGCACAACCGUAACACGCCGAUGGCCAGCAGAAGUAGCAGCAGUGGCAGCAGCAUUGCAGUUCCUGUAAACAAACCAAAGCCAAAACCAUUGAGCACUAGUUUCAAAGAGAAUCAUGGCAGAUCUGGUACGAUAGGAUCGUCGCCAUCCGGGAAACCAUUGGGAUUCAUGAGGCCUACCGCUGCUAGCACAGCAAAAGACUUGAUCGACAGUGGCAAAACAAAGCCUCUAGUCAAAAAAAAUUUUAAGUAA